GUACAGCCACAGAAUAAAUAAAGUGACGCUGCCGAAACCAAUGUUUAAAUGUUCGGUGAUACUAAAAAUAGUGUGCUAGUGUAUAAAACUUAAGUGAAAAUGUGAACAAUUUCAUUCUUAUGUUUGUUUUUAUUUAGUGAUUGCUUUUUUAGACUAAACUUUUUGGUUUUCUUGUGUUGGUUGUUUUCAUUUGAAUAUGGAACGUCGUUCUUACGGAUUUUUUACAAAAAGGACUCAACAUUACGACAAUCUCCAAAAGGAAACAAACAAUAAAGAUAAUAAAAAUAAUAAUAACUCAUCAAGCCAGAGACCUCUGAAGGAUAAUACAAAUAUUCAGCACGUGCGCCCUGGUGCUCAAACCAAUGGUAAUGCACUGAGCAACAAUCAAGAGCAAUCUCCAUCCAAUGUUAAUGGAGAACAACAAUUGACUUCAAUAAAAGUCGAACCUGAUAGUGACGGAAAUAAAUCUUCAGAAAUUAAGACUGAAGAAAAAAAUUCAACGAAUGAUAAAAAUCAUAAUAACAAAUCGUCUAUUAAGUGCCUAGAGACAUUGGCUCAGAAAGCCGGCAUUGUGUUCGACGAAACCUAUGAAGUUGCCAACACAUUGUUGACUUUAGAUAAACAACAAACGGUACCCACGUCUGUUGCGCAAACGCAAAAUAACCAGGGUAACCAGAACGGCGAGAACAAUAGCAAUAAUAUAGUACAGCAGAAUUUGAUUGUUGUGGAUCAAAACAAUCAACUUCACGAGUUCCAUAAUCAAGCUAUGGCCCAGAUCAAACAACUUGUGGAAGCAUCAGGACAAGUUCAACAAGCACAAAUGCAUCAAGAAAUAGAACAGAAUCCCGCUCAGAGCCCACAUACUCUGCAACAAACCAUGACGUCCAUGGCACCUCCACAAGGUUCCAUGCAUCAGCCCAAUCAGACCACCACAAUAGCAACUGUACCACCACUUCAGCCUAUGGCGACAGGUCAAGUUGGAACGGUGAGUACGGUUGGUGCACAACAAGAUUGGAGUCAUGGAGGCCGUGUGCAAGUGAUCCAACAACCCCUGCAGCAGCUCCAAAACCCCACUUAUGUUCAUCAACUCUACAGUAGUCCGCAAGGGCAGUUACUCAUGCCUGGAAACUUGCUUCAUUCCAAUAUCAACCCACAACAAAUUCAGGUUAUAACUGCCAACAAGCCUUUUCAAGGUGGUCAAAUUGCUCCACAUAUGCUGACAACUGCACAAGGCAAACAGGUGUUGGCAGCCAGCAGUGCUAACGGUUUCAAUGGAGGAUACUCUCUGCCAACAAUUCCUUCUACGCAGUCUCAGACGUUACUAUUUAGUCCACUAAAUGUUAUCAGCUCACAACCGAGUAUAUUGUCUACGCACAAUCAAAAUGGUAAUAAACAGGACGGUAUGCACAAAGUGAUGGGUGGAACCAAAGUUAUGCAAAAAGUCGGUACUACGCAACAAACGCAACAAAAUACAAACCAACAAGGACAGUGUGUGCAGGUGUCACAGGCUAUGCUUAAUUCUCAACCCACCGCUCAAAUUAUUAGCCCAUUACAGCAAAAUGGUGGACAAAUGCAAUUUGCUCAUACGCCGUGGCAGUUCAGUGGCGUACCUCAGAUAUGGACGACAAAUGGAAUUCAGUCACCAGCUUUGCUGGCUCCUAAUCCUAUAUUUAUAAGAGGCCAGCCUGAUGGAACUACACAGGGAGGCAUGUUUAUUCAACAUAGUCCUCAACAACCCGCAAUUCAACAAGCUACACAUAACCAAACCUUGACAAUACCAUGCAACCCAACGCAAGCUACGGCUCUGAAACAACCAAGACCACAAGUAGAGCUUCAACCCAAAGGUCCAAUCCGUCCUCCUCCAAAUAUUCUUCCGUCAGGAGUGCGACCUGCUAGUUCCGUCUCUACACAAACUGGUGCUAAUACUCAAUCCGGACUUACGAAAACAGGCAAAGCUCGAGGGAAGCCACCUGGUGUGCGCACAUCACCUGCUCCAGGAACUAUGAAGACCGACGCUGCGACGCAAGCAAAAGUUCAACAACAACAACAGCAGCAGCAGCAACAACAACAACAGCAACAGCAGCAGCAGCAGCAGCAACAGACACAUAUGAUUACCAGCGAAGGAAAAAUGGUAGUAAUGACAUCUCCUAUUCAAAUGACAAUGCAACAAGGUACACAAAUUCAACCACAACAAGCUUUAUCACCUGACAAACAACAGCAAUUGGUGGUGCAUAAUAAUAAAGCCCUUCAACAAGCCCAACAGCAAGCACAGCAAGUUGCUGCACAGCAAGCUCAGCAUCAGCAGGCCGUACUUAUUCAACAACAGCAGCAAAUUCAGCAGUUCCAGUUGCAGCAAUUCCAACAACAGCAACAGCAGCAAGCAAUUCAGCAGGCUCAAGCUCAGGCUCAGGCUCAGGCGCAAGCUCAAGCACAAGCACAAGCACAAGCUCAAGCUCAAGUGCAAGCACAAGCCCAAGCUCAAGCUCAAGCCCAAGCGCAAGCACAGACACAAGCUCAAGCCCAAGCCCAAGCACAAGCACAAGCACAAGUCCAGCAUGCUACUCAACAGACACAGCAACAGAACCAACCCCAGCAUAUUCAACCUAAACCGGCACCCCAACAAAUGCUUGGUAUGGUCACAAUGCCUCAAUUGAUUGCGGCUGAUGGAACACGACAGGUUAUGCCAGUUGUAUCUAUGGCCGGACAUGUUUCUAUGUCAGUACCAAUGGUUCAGCAGUUACAUGCUCAACAAUUAAGUGCGAUGCAAACAGGAGCAGGUACCAUAAUGAACCAGCUACAGGCUCAACCGGUAUCAAUACAAAUGCAGAAUCCUGGUGCAACUCAAGUGAAUGCUCCUGCUGUUUCUAUGGCAACCGCUGUUGCCGGAAUCACGGCGGUAGCGUCACCAUCACCACUUCAGCCAGUGGCUGGAUCUCCAUUACCUGGAAUGACGACAGCCACCACGGCGACGCAGAGUUCGGUCACGCCUGUUGCUCAGGUUAAUGGAGCUCUGCAUAUCGGAUCACAAAUAACGUGUAUGCCAGUCGAUGUAGUUAAAGAUGAAUCAAAGGUAAAGGAAGAAUUGGUGCAUAGUGUAACUUUAACUCAAACUGUGUCUGCGCCUGCAGCAACACCACAAACAGAAAAUGAAACACCUUUGACAAAUGGUCUUCUUACGGACACCAAAACAUCCUUAGUGAAUGGCGAUGCUUCAGCAACCAAUGAAACCGCGCAGAGCAAAACUAACGGAGUUGCGACUCCGACCAAUUCAGUGAGCAAUGCUGCGUCUACGCCUACCAGUCAACCUGCACAAGAAUUACCAGCUCAGAUCUCAAUAACUUCUUCUACUGCACCUACGACGCAAGCAUCUAAUGUGCCCUCCAGUGUUCCUCAAUCAAUAUCCGUGACACCAUUGCCCGUUGUGCCGACAACGGCACAAAAUCAGACAGUGGAGUCUACGCAAUCCAAUAUUCCUAUAACUACACCGGCUGUAAAAGCUGAGAAAGAUUUUCCAAAAGUUGGAAUGGUUAAACCACAAAACGUACUAACACAUGUCAUAGAAGGUUUCGUUAUACAAGAAGCGGCGGAACCGUUUGCAGUCAACAGGCCGCGUUAUCCUGAACGCAAAGAAAAUGAUGAACCACCCAGUAAGCGACCAAGCGUUGAUAGCACUAAUGGGAAAAAUGGAAUUCAAAAUGAGAAAAACUCUGAUAUGGCAACAUGUGAAUUCUGUGGUAAAACAGAUUUAAAAUCCAAAUUCAAGAAAAAUAAACGUUUCUGCUCAUUGUCAUGUAGUAAAAGUCAAAAGCACAGCCUUUCACCAAAGCAUAUCAGUUGUGAAACUUCUGAGCCAAUCAAGCCUUUGCAAGAAAACGAACCCAUGGAUACUACUGAAAGUAGUGAGAAGAAUACCGAAAUAUCAGAAGAGCCAGUUGUCAAUAUCAGUACAUGGACGGUGUCAGAUGUUGUAGAUUUUAUUAAAAAUCUUCCUGGAUGCUCAGAUUAUUGUGAAGAUUUUGCGAUACAAGAAAUCGAUGGGCAGGCUUUGUUGCUCCUGAGGGCUGAACAUCUGAUGUCAGCAAUGGCCAUGAAAUUAGGUCCCGCUCUUAAGAUUGUGGCCAAGAUAGAAGCCUUAAGGCCAGAUAAAGAUUAGCAACCAUGCUAUUUGUAAAUAGUGUACAAUGUGGUGUGAAUGCUAAGUGCAUAGAAAAUAAAUAAUUUGAAUCUCUGAACGAUGGUGACAUAUGUGAAACUCGACUUGAGUGUUUAAGUGUAAUGUUUCAGAUAUAUAAUCAGGACAAAAACUUAUUAUGAUUAAUAUAUAAUACAUUAUAUCUGAUCUAAGAUAAUAUAAC